UCAUUUCUCCUAGACCUGCCAUCCCACCUCAAACAACAGGGACUGCACCCUGCAUUUCAUGCCAGUCUACUCCGCUUACACAUCCCAAACGAUGAUCAUCACUUUCCAGGGCGACAGCUAGAACAUGUGUCUGAUAUUGGACACCUCGAGGAAUGGUUCGUUGCAAGGGUCACAGACCACCAGGGAUCUGGAACUGACUUGCUGUUCAAAGUCAAAUACUCGACUGGUGACAGAGUCUGGUUCCCUUACCACCAAGUCUCCCAGUUGGAAGCUGUGACUCAGUACCUGGAAGCCUUAGGUGUUCCUAGCAUCUCUCAUCUCCCCAAGAAGCUCACCUCAGUAUGA